AAAGGAGGUGCGAGGCGAGCCUGUCCCCGCUGGCCGAGUGGAAUGGGUCCGGGGGGCUCGAAGGGCGCAAACCCGGGUCCGAGAGAAGGGCCACAGACACAGGGGCGCUCCAUGGCUGAACCCGGUUUACUCCAAGUCUUAGAGCAGAGGGACUGGAUGCGCCACCCUGACCGCAGAGGCCCAGAAAGGCUGAAGGGAGCGGUGGGUGGGAGGAUACAGACAUCAUGGAGGACAGAGGCUGCUGAGGAGGGUGCGGGGAGACCUAGCGGGGAGUGGGGAGGAGGACAGGCAGGGGAGGGUUCUUCUGGGUGGGGCCUUGCAGAUACAAGGACAGGAGAUGCUCUACUGGGAGCCCCUCAGAUUUGGCGGGUGCAUCAACCUCCCGGGCCCUGGCUUGGUCCGCGGGCCCAGACAGCUGCGCUCCUAGCCUGAAAUCACCACCCUGCAUUCCCAGUCUCUCUUCUGGGGGGAGGCAGCGGGGGGCCAGUGUCCCAGGGUCGCCAAUCCAAAGCUAGUCCCCAGAAGGUAGCAGGGAAUUGUGUCGGGUGGGAAGGAACAGGUCACUGGAGAGGAAGUGGAGUCCUGAGCUCUGGGACUGGGCUGAUGUGGCCUGACCUGGAGCUGAGCAGAAGAAGGUCUAUCUCUAAAAACCUAAUGUGAUGCCUUAACCACCCACCACCUGCUAAACUUCUACAAAUACAGCCUGACUGCCUAGUCCUGGAGGCUGUGUGACACGCCUCUUGACAAUGUGGUGAACUUCAAUUAUCAGCAGCCUAGGCCCAGGGAAGGUGACAAUGAUGACAAUGAGAAUAAUAGGAAAAGCUUCUGCACAGCAUUCCUGGUGUAUUUUUUGUUUCAUCCUCACCUACCUCAGAAGCAGUACCAUUAUUAUCCCUAUUUUAGAGAUGGAGAAACUAAGACUCAGGGAAGUUAAAUACAAACAUACCAUGGCAUAGCCAGGGCACUGGGGCUGUCAACUGCCAUGAGUACUGCCUCUGUGUAGAUCUGUGUAUGUGGGUGAUUCCCAAGAUUCCCAUCUGAGCUCUCAUCUCUGUACACUUCCCCUCCACCCCCUCCUGCUACAUCUCCACUUAACCCCCUUCCUCAACAUCCCUGAGGCUUCAAACAUCUCCAGGAAUGAGGAUAUGGGGUCUCCAACCCAGAUCUUCCCACUGGGUGCAGACAUGUACAUGCAAAUUCCCAGGGGUCCUCAAAUCCCCCCAGGGUCAGGAACUAGCAGCCCUCCUCCUCCCAGCCCUGCUCCUCCACAUGUUCUAAAUCUCUGUCAUUGGCCUCACACCCACACCUCUUCACAGUGGUCCUAGGUGCUUCCCUCACUACCCACACCAAGUAGGGCCAGAGGCCAGGGCUUCUGAAUAUCUCCUCUCUGUGCCUCCUGGACCACUCUGUGCCAGGAUGCAAGCCAGGCCCUCUCCAUCACUCACCCCUGCAGGACUCUCCCUUUCUGGCAACUGCCAGCUGUCACAGGGCACGCAAACCUGAGCCUGCCUCCCCUUUUCUCAGUGACCUUAGGAGAGGCCUGCCACUCCAUCCCUGGAACGGCAGACCCAAGCAUGGCUUAGCUGUCAGAUACCUUUCAGUCUCCCUGUUCUAUAUCCCAGGCACAGUCCUCCCUCCCAGCCUCCGCUCCUGCAGUCCCACUUACCUAAAUGGAACACUCCUAUCUGACCCUCAAGGGAGGUCCAACUGAAAAUCACUCCCUCCGUGUAGCCAUCUGCCCCUACCCCCAUCAGAUGAACACCAUGCCUCUCUGUAUUCCUACAGCAUUAUAUUCGUAAUAAUCCUGGUGAUAGCAGCUGCUGACAUUUACCAUGUUCCAGGUACUGUUCUAAGCCUUUACACCUAAUGCCUCAUUUAACCCUCACAACUCUUUGAAGUGGGUGCUUUUAGUAUGCCCAUUUUACAGAGAAGAAGACUGAGAGAGAAGUCCAGUUUCUUGCCCAGGAUCGUACAGCUGCAUGGCCUUCAUGCCAGGCUGCAUGGACAGCACCGUAUCACAGGCAUCAUCCAAGCCUACCAAAAUGGGGACGUCGUCCUCGGCAACACCACCAGCAUGGGGCGCUGGGAGUUCGUGGGUUCCUUCUUCUUCUCUGUGUCCACCAUCACCACCAUUGGCUACGGCAACCUGAGCCCCAGCACAAUGGCCGCCCGCCUCUUCUGCAUCUUCUUUGCUCUCGUGGGGAUCCCGCUCAACCUCGUGGUGCUGAACCGACUGGGGCAUCUCAUGCAGCAGGGGGUGCACCGCUGCGCCCACAAGCUGGGGGGCACCUGGAAGGACCCGGCCAAGGCCCGGUGGCUGGCAGGCUCCAGCGCCCUCCUGACCGGCCUCCUGCUUUUCCUGCUGCUGCCCCCGCUGCUCUUCUGCCACAUGGAGGGCUGGAGCUACGUGGAGGGCAUCUACUUCGCCUUCAUCACCCUCAGCACCGUGGGCUUCGGCGACUAUGUGAUUGGGAUGGACCCCUCCCGGAAAUACCCGCUGUGGUACAAGAACACAGUGUCCCUGUGGAUCCUCUUUGGGAUGGCAUGGCUGGCCUUGAUCAUCAAACUGAUCCUCUCCCUGCUGGAGGCCCCACAGGACUCCUAUUCCUGCUACAGCCACAGCUCCAAGGGAAACUUCAAGCAGCGAAGCGGGAGGCAGGACCCAGAUGGAGAGGCAGAUCCCCACUCCUCACAGCCAGACUGCUAUCCAGAGGGGCCUAUGGGAAUUGUGCAGCACCCAGAACCCUCUACUCCAGUCUCAUGCUGUGGAAAGGACAGCUAGGUAUACUCCAGUAUUUGCCCCACCUUAUUCCUCAGCAGCAAGAUCCCUGAUUUUAUGCUUGGCAUAUGACCACUCAGACUAAAGUCUACAUUUUUUUUUGUCUUCCCUUAAAGCUAGGUGUAGCAAUAUGAUUAAAUUUUGCACAGCAAGAUACACAGAGAAGUAUUCUGUGUGAUUUACCGAUGUGACUUUCAGUGGUGGGGGUUCCUCUUUACCACUUCCUUCUUCUAGCUGGCUGCAAUACUGAUAUGGUGGCUGGAGCUCUGGCAUCCAUGUUGCACCAUGAAGCAGAGGCCAUGUUUGAGACUGGUGACAUGAUAAGACAGAAGGAGCCUGGAUUCCUGACGUUUGCAGAGCCACCAUAACAAACCUGGACUGAAUACCACCAGACUUCAUUUAUGUAAGUGAGAAAUAAAUGUCAAUCUUAUUUUU